GUUCCCUGCACAAGACGGGACGGUUAAAGUCCCGAUAGCAGAAUAAAAGUUAUAAUGAAAGAACUCCUAAGUUUGCUGGCCAUCGCCUCUUUGGCUUCUGGAAUGCAAUACAAUGGUCUCCGAGUUAAGUUCGGCUGGUCAGACGCGUUAGCAAAUAAAGAGUACUUCCACAAGAUCCCCCGUACGUUGGUGCAAGCGGAGAGCGAAGGUUGGCGUAGAACUGAACGCCCUAAGGGACCACUAGAAGAAUUACGGCUAUACUGUUCGCCAGGAAAAUAUGUCUGCCCAUUGUACGAUCCUUCUGGUUUCGUAGCUGGAAUACAACUUGCGUUCCCGGCUGAUGAGUUGGUCACUCCCACUUUUAAGCCAGAAAAGUGGUUUAAAAAGUGGACCGUGCCAGCGUCUGAUGGUGAGCCUGCGAAGGACUACAUGACUAUCACGCAGUAUUUUGUUUCUGAAGAAUCCUUAGCAGCGGGUGCGGGGCCGCAAAUGGAGAACGGGGCCACACUGCAAGAUGGUGGCGUAUGGGUCAACGACCCCGAUGGACAGCUCAUGCGCAUCCCAAGCACCGAAGCAGAGCUCAACACCACGCUUUUCAAAAAACAGAACUGCGUACCUAACAUGGGAACGCACUACUAUUACAACAUGUCGCGGGACACCCUCUGCGAGAAUAUAUUGCCGUGGUUUGCGAUUACGACCAAGGGCUACUUAGUCGGUGUUGGCCUUCAGUUUUUCGGUAAACUUACCGAGUCGCCUAAAGAAAAGGAGUGGUUCGAGCUCUUUGAAGGGAGAAUGAUAGCAGAGUCGACUAUUCCGCUUGCACCGGAGUGUCUCUAUCGAAGCGCAGACACCUAUCCAGUCUUUGGUCUCCACAUUUACUACAUCGAUGACCCUUGGAAUAUCAAGUGCCGAGCCGGGGAUUCAAUCAAAACCGCCGAUUUGAUGAGCCGCCUGAUGAUAAACCUAGACAGAUACUCUACUUCGCUAAUGGACAAUGUGAAAAAGAUUUUUAUCGUUAAUAAGACAUAGCAGUUGUCAAAAAUAAAAAAUAAAUAUAUUUUUUCUAAAGCGAGGUCCACUAUUUGGUGUCGCGCCUACUUCCAGUCGUUCUAAUCUGCUAAGGUUUUUAUUUGAAAAUUUCUUAUAAUUCACCAAAUUUUAAUAAAUUUACUGAAUUAUUAUAAAGGUUAUGAAAAGAAAGAAACAAUUGUUUAUACAAUUUAUAAAAUUACUUCUUGAAUGG